AAUUAGGCACUUUUCCAUUUUCUUGUUCCAUGUUCUAAACACAAGCCAGUCAAGUCAAUGCUUUAUUGCUUCUCGUUUCUGUCAAUGUUCAGUUUUGUAGUCACUUUCUAUGGGCAAAGGAUGCAGAACUUCAGCCUUCUGCAACCUAAAAUAAAAAAUUGAGUCAAUUCCAAUUUCCAAAGCUUUUUCAACCUUUGUUUUCAGCUGAAAAAUUCCAUGAAAACCAAACAUACCAAGUUCACAACAUCUCGUAAACUCCGAUGAAGAGGAACACACACAUGAUCAUGUCCCAUUCCCCUGCCACUCCAAGGUCAUCAGCACCUCCAAUGGAUCCCAAAAUUUGGAGCAAAUUGCCACCUGAAAUCCUUGAAUACAUCCUCUCCUUUCUUCCUCUCAAAACCUUCUUGAAUCUCAGAUCCACUUGCAAAGGUUUCUGGCCUCUCAUAUUCUCUCCCUCCUUCGUUUCCAAACACUCUUCUCCUUCUUCCUCUUCUUCUUCUUCUUCUUCUUCAUCUUCUUCUUCACCCUUCUCUUCCUUUCUCUUACUCUCACACCCUCAAUUCCACCGCCACUUCCCUCUCUAUGAUUGCACACUCGGCACGUGGCGCAACAUCUCUCUCUCGCUCUCUGAUUCUUCACUGCAAUGUUUCCCUUCCCUCACCACGCUUGUCUCCUCGGGUGGUCUCUUCUGCCUAUCUGAUUCGCUAUCAUGCUCCUUGAUAGUGUGCAACCUUCUGGCCAAGUCUUCUAGAAAGAUUCAGUACCCAAGUUUGUCUCUUCACUUGGAGCAUCUCACUUUUGUCACAACACCCACAGGGUACACCAUAUUUGUUCUCUGCUCAGAGGCUGCUACAAACUGUGCCUUUGUUUAUGACUCAAAUGUUCGAACUUGGAAACGGUUUGACGGUUUUGGUCCGGUUCUCGGCGACAAUCAUCACCAAAAAGGUGUUCUUUUCAAAGGGGGUUUAUAUUUUGCUACCCCGGAACCGUUUUCUGUGGUGAUAUUUGAUUUGGGGAGUGGAAGGUGGGAAAAACCCAUUGGGGGGUUACCGAGUCAGCUCACUUUUGUUCGAUUGGUGAGUGACGGAGAGGGUAAAUUGUAUUUGGUUGGUGGGGUUGGGAACAACGGAAUCUCGAGGAGCAUCAAGUUGUGGGAAUUGGGUGGAGAUGGGAAUUGGGUGGAAGUGCAAAGUUUGCCUGAUCUUAUGUGCAAGAAGUUUGUGGCUGUGUGCUACCAUAACUAUGAACAUGUUUAUUGCUUCUGGCAUGAAGGGAUGAUCUGCAUUUGCUGCUACACUUGGCCAGAGAUCUUGUAUUACUUGGUUUCAAGGAGGACUUGGCAUUGGCUUCCCAGGUGCCCCUCUUUGCCUCUCAAAUGUAGCUGUGGUUUCAAGUGGUUUUCUUUUGUUCCAAAUCUCUAUGCUUCAGUCUGAUACAGUGCUCGUCGUGUAUUUCUUUUAGUUUUUCGAUUGCUGUGUGCAAGUGUUGGGAUUUUAUUACUCAGUAGUUGAUCAAGUUCUGCUUUUUUUGUAUAUCUAAUAUCUGUUUAUCAUAAAUUUUUUAAUUGGGGUGUCCUAAAUACCUUUUCUGUUUGUUAUUUUCUGAGGGUUUUUGUUACAUUUGUAUAUCAUGUACUGUUUUUAGUCACAGAAAUGGGUUUACUGAUAAUUUUCUACCAUUGUUGAGGCAAGGCAGAGUCUACAGUAGAAGAAGUAGAACCAAUGAAAGAUUAUAUAAAAGUUGUUCUUUCUGUCAAA